AUGAUCCCGAAGUAUAUAUCCUCUGUCUUCUUCAUUCGUGGAAACUGCAUGGGUACGAAUCGUCUCCCGUUCUGCGUGACGCAACCGAGGCGGCCGGCCUCCUUUCUGCACUGCGUUCGCUAUGCGAUCCCCUCAUCCAUCGCCUACGAGCCAGGGAGGCCUCGAGGCUCUGGCCUCCCGGAUGGGAAGAUGGGAGGCCUCGAGGCUCUGGCCUCCCGGAUGGGAAGAUGGGAGGCCUCGAGGCUCUGGUCUCCCGGAUGGGAAGAUGGGAGGCCAGAUGUAGACGUUUUGCUCCCUCUGACGUCGGAGCCAUGUGGCGUCGACGUUGUGGCUCGCCGGGCGUUCCAUGAUGUUCGACCAGAAUUCUUCCACUUCCGCCUUACCAGGGAUCUUCUUCACUUCUAUGGGUUUCGCUCCCAGUUCCCGGGCCCAAGCUUGGAUCUUCAUCUUCACGUUCUCUAUGGCGGUCGGGAGAUCGGCAUCGGAGGUGAUCUUGUACUUGGGGCACAGCCGCUUGUAGCCCCACCUGCCCCACCUGCCCCUCCUGCCCCACCUGCCCCUCCUGCCCCACCUGCCCCUCCUGCCCCACCUGCCCCUCCUGCCCCUCCUGCCCCCGCCCUCGGUUCACGGAAGAGUCGAGAGGGGCUUUCCGGGAACGCGAAUGGGGAAAAUGAGCAUUUCGUUGGACGGGCUAUCUUGUCAAGAUCAUGUGACAUCAAAAGUAUCUCCCAAGAAAAUGGCACAAAAUUCACUGUUGGAGAGUAUGAGGUUGAUCCAGUGCAUGGGUUUUGUGACUGCUACAUGGGACUUACUGGUGCUUGCUGCAAGCAUCAAGUUGCUGUAGCAGAGCAACAUAGCUUCAUUCUGCCAAAUGUUCCUAUCCCCAAUAGUCCCAGUGACAAGUUGGCACUUGCAUACCUGGCUUUGGGACAUGAGGCUCCAAAAGUGUUCUUCUUUGACACAAUGGUUCCCACAGCCAUUGAUACCAGACACCCCAAGGUGUCAACCUCUGUAUCCACUGCCCUCUGUAUUUUGGGUGAACCUGCAAUGGAAUCUCAGACAGUCCUCGAGACAGUGGUUGAACCUGCAAAAGACAUGAAGAUAGCUGAAGCUAGAAGCAGCUCCAAUAAGGAUUCAGCAGAAGAUAUUAGAGCCAUCCAGAGUCCACAUGAUCCCUUGCUGCUGGCUGUGAAGAGACUUGAGAAGACUCUAUCUACUCAAGUUGACAAGUUAUACUUCAUUCUU